AUGAGUACCAACGAAACUCAAUCCCGCUGGAGAGCUGGCAAGAGGGUCGCCAUCAUCGGCGGCGGUCCAGGAGGGAUCUCGGCUGCUUUGGCGUUCAUUAAGUGCGGCUUCGACGUGCGAAUCUACGAGAAGCAAUCCGCUUGCAAGCCGAUCGGGGGAGCCGUCUUGCUUAACACGCCGGUGCUGCUCAUCCUGAAACACUAUGGUUUCGAUAUGAGCUUGGCUGACGGCGGCGUCACGAAUGUCGAUUUUCAAAACCAAUACGGGAUGGCCCGUACGCGUCAGCCGUUCCACCCCCUUGUCGAGGAGCGUACGGGGAUCAAGGGGUGGAAUUAUGGAGUCCUUCGAUCGUCCGUCAUCAAGAACCUCUUGACGUUGAUCCCUGACGGGAUCAUUCAGGUCAAUUACGAGUUGGACCACUUUGUCGAGGACGACAAGGGUGUUGAUCUGGUCUUUACUAAUGGAGAAAGGCAUCGGACGGAUAUCCUCGUCGGCGCCGAUGGCAUCAGGUCGAAGGUAUCAUACCAGCUGUUCGGCGACCCGCAGCUCUUCCAUACCGGUCUGCGCCUGUGGCUCGCGUAUUGCGAUUACUUUGAAGGCAUCCCUGCCAAUUGGGGAUACGUCUCGCAUUCAAAGUUUCACCAAGCGAGCUUCUUCCCCAUGCUCCACGAAGGGAAACCCGGUUUCGAGUGGUGGGUCAUGGAAAGAUCGUCCCCCACGGCGCCGGUCCCAGAGGAUCCUAAGACGCACGUCACCGGGAUCCUCGAGCAGUUUGCAUUCCCUAUGCAAGAGUUCCCCGAUCGGACCGACUUCAGGACGCAAUGUUUCCGCUGGGAAAUCUACAAUCGUCCUCGACUGCCUACCUGGCACAAGGGUCGUGUCAUGUGUAUCGGAGAUGCGGUGCACCCGGUGUCACCGUACGCUGGGUACGGUAUGGGGAUGGCUAUCGAGGACGGCUAUUAUCUCGCCAAGUGGCUAGACGGUAUCGAUCUUGGAGACGGCAAAGCCAUCUCGAUGUGCUACGAAAAGUUCGAGGAGCAACGUCUCGAAUACGUCUACCACAACGUCGAGUUUGCUCAGACGCUCACCAAGGUGUUUCACAUGGUACCCGAACCCCUCGCUACGGUACGGGACUGGGUUUUCGAUAAAACCCCUCUGCUCGGCUACUUCCUCAACAAGGGCUACUUGGAGAAAGCGAGAAUUGAGACCGGUCAAAUGCCGGAGUUGUAUCCCAAGAAGAACGUUGUAUGA